AAACACCACAACCUUCCAUAAAAUAUAACAUGAAUACAGUUUUAUAUCUACACACUUACGCUUCUCCAUCGUGACAUAUAAAGACUACAUUUCCCGUGUUGACAGUGGCCCUAUGACGUUGAUUUUUUGCGCCGGUCUUUACAGCCGUUGAGGAGAUCUCUAUUAGCUACAUGGUUGAUACAAUAUACUAAGUAGUCACCAUGGUGAUGAAGUCAGCAGUUGAGGAUGAUGAUGCUGGCUGGGGGCUGGGCAUCCCAGAAAAGAUGAAGAACAAUGCCAACUGGGUUGAUAUCACACAUGAAUUCAAGGGCGCAUGCAAAGAGUUGAACCUCGGAGAGUUGCUUCAUGACAAACUGUUUGGCCUGUUUGAGGCCAUGUCAGCCAUAGAGAUGAUGGAUCCUAAGAUGGAUGCAGGAAUGAUUGGAAACCAGGUCAACAGGAAAGUGCUCAACUUUGAACAAGCUAUCAAGGAAGGUGCCAUUAAGGUGAAGGACCUCAGUCUCCCUGAACUCAUCGGAAUCAUAGACACAUGUUUUUGCUGUUUGAUCACGUGGCUGGAGGGUCAUUCUCUAGCGCAGACUGUAUUCACCUGUCUGUACGUCCACAAUCCCGACCUGAUUGAGGAGCCAGCCCUCAAAGCCUUCGCCCUGGGCAUCCUGAAGGUGUGUGACAUCGCCCGGGAGAAAGUCAACAAGGCUGCUGUGUUCGAGGAGGAGGAUUUCCAGGCAAUGACCUAUGGCUUCAAGAUGGCCAACAAUGUCACAGACCUGCGGGUGACAGGUAUGCUGAAAGAUGUGGAGGACGAGUUACAGAGGAAAGUCAAGAGCACACGCAGUCGACAGGGUGAGCAACGUGACCCAGAGGUUGAGCGGGAGCAUCAGCAGUUUUUGGCACUUUUCAACAGAAUCAAGUUCACACGCCUCCUACUGACCGCACUGAUCACCUUUACCAAGAAAGAGACCAGCUCAGUGGGUGAGGCCCAGAAGCUCGUGGCACAGGCAGCUGACCUCUUAUCAGCCAUUCAUUCCAGUAUUCAGCACGGCAUCCAGUCACAGAAUGACACCACUAAAGGAGACCACCCCAUCAUGAUGGGCUUUGAGCCCUUGGUAAACCAGAGACUGCUGCCACCCACCUUUCCUCGCUACGCCAAGAUCAUUAAGAGGGAGGACAUGGUGGCCUACUUCAGCAAACUUAUAGAGCGCAUCAAGACUGUCUGUGACGUGAUCAACACCACCAACCUGCACGGCAUACUGGACUUCUUCUGUGAGUUCAGUGAACAGUCUCCGUGUGUGCUCUCCAGAUCUCUACUCCAGACAACGUUCCUGAUAGAUAACAAAAAAGUGUUUGGGACCCACUUGAUGCAGGACAUGAUUAAAGAUGCUUUGAGAUACUUUGUCAGCCCACCUGUCCUCUCCUACAAGUGCUGUCUGUUCAACAACCACCAAGCCAAGGACUACAUUGACUCCUUUGUUACACACUGCUCCAGGCCGUUCUGCAGUCUGAUCCAGAUCCAUGGACACAACCGAGCUCGACAGAGAGACAAGCUGGGUCACAUUCUUGAAGAGUUUGCCACACUGCAGGAUGAGGCAGAGAAGGUGGAUGCAGCUCUGCAUAGCUUGCUGAUGAAACUUGAGCCUCAGCGACAGCAUCUAGCCUGUCUCGGGACCUGGAUCCUCUACCAUAACCUGAGGAUUAUGAUCCAGUACCUGCUGAGCGGCUUUGAACUGGAGCUGUACAGCAUGCAUGAGUACUACUACAUCUACUGGUAUCUGUCGGAGUUCCUUUACGCGUGGCUGAUGUCCACUCUGAGCAGAGCCGACUCCUCUCAGAUGGCAGAGGAGCGGAUUAUGGAGGAGCAGGUGAAAGGACGCAGCAGCAAAAAGACCAAGAAGAAGAAAAAAGUUCGCCCUCUGAGCAAAGAGAUCACCAUGAGCCAAGCGUACCAGAACAUGUGUGCCGGCAUGUACAAGACUAUGGUAGCUUUGGAUAUGGACGGGAAGGUGCGUAAGCCUCAGUUUGAGUUGGACAGCGAGCAGGUUCGCUACGAGCAUCGCUUUGCCCCCUUCAACAGUGUGGUCACACCCCCACCAGUGCACUACAUCCAGUUCAAGGAGAUGUCAGAUCUGAAGAAGUACAAUCCUCCGCCAGGCUCCGCUGACCUCUACAUGGCUGCCAGCAAACACUUCCAGCAGGCCAAGCUCAUCCUAGAAAAUGUGCCCAGCCCCGACCCUGAGGUGAACCGUAUACUGAAGGUGGCCAAGCCCAACAUCGUAGUUAUGAAGCUCCUGGCUGGAGGGCACAAGAAGGAGACCAAGGUGCUCCCAGAAUUUGACUUCUCAGCUCACAAGUACUUUCCUGUGGUCAAGAUUAUCUGAUGCUGGUCUGCACCGCCGGUUGAUUAUGAGAGCGUAAUCAAAAAGACCAUCAGCCGCAAAGACUGUACCCUCACCUGAACAAGUGUGCAAUGGCCCUGGUCCAGUCCAAGUCUGAACAACGUGUGUAUGUGAUACACCUGACUGUAAAGUUGUGCAAAGGAGUGUUUGAUACACCCAAUUCUUUUUUUCACCUGAAUGAGAUGAAACCAGACCAGAGAAUUCACAACUGGACCUAAAUGACUGACAAUAUCCACAUCUGCAUCUGUGACAGUCUGUUUGAGUGUGUGUGUGUGUGUGUGUGUGUGUGUGUGUGUGUGUGUGUGUGUGUCUGUCCGCGCGCACGGGAGUCUGACACAAGUGGAGGUGCUUUUGCAAGAAGAACUGGCCAAUGGAAAAUUUUCUAAGCUGCCUUCUGAACAGUUUUGUGAAGGCUUUAAAAGAAGAGCUGUAACAACAAUGAGUGCAUAUCAUCUGAUCAUAUGGAAACCUUUCUAUGUAUUUAUGUGCUUAUCUGAAUGAAAACAUUUGAGAUGGAAAAGUCUACAGCAUCUUGUUUUACCUCAUAUGGCAGUUUCAUGUGAAUACUGUGGCAUCUGCAUUGUGAAACCUAGACAGAACAGUCUGCAGAGAAGAACCAUUCACAGGGUUGUAAGUGCAGAAUAACUAACAGCAGUAGGAAAGAUGCUUUCAAGGCCAGGGAACCAUCUGCACUGCUUCCUCAAACCAGUACCAACAACCGUCACACAUAUAAAGAACAUCAGAAAACAUCUUUACUUACUUUGAUGUUUAACUCCUUGCUGGAACAGAAUUUCACAAUUUUUUUAAGACAAUAAAAAUCUGUUUAACUCACUCAAAAUUACAUUUUAAGAAAAUUCAACUUGAAAACCUUGACAUGUGUGAGGUACAUAAAAAAGAUAAGGUAUAUGAGUAAACUUAUUUUAAGUGUGUUCAUAAAGUACGCUAAAACAUGA